UUUCAAAAUCAGCACAAUAAUUACAAAACCAUAUGCAAUCUGUUUUCUAUAUUUGUCGUAUCUUAGCAUGAUAAUCUUACGACGAGCCAAUCCUCUUAUCACUAUCCUCUGAUCCUUUUCCAUCUUUUAUAAUUAACCCAACCUCAUUAAUUGCAAUCCGCCAUUGCCUAGAUCACUUUCCAGUGCCCCACUCAUGGAGUUUCAGGAUGAACUCCAAGAACCCAUUUUACAGUCACCGCCUCCUGAUCCGCCUGCCCAUUCUGAACUCGACUCCAGGCUUGAAAAGGUGCUGAACGAUGACAAGUUGCCGUACUUCAACCGCCUCCGGUUGGCUUCUUGGAUUGAACUUAAGCUACUCUUCCGGUUGGCUGCACCGGCAGUUUUCGUUUACAUGAUCAACAAUCUCAUGUCCUUGUCCACCAGAGCCUUCGCCGGCCACCUUGGCAAUCUUGAGCUUGCCGCUGCCUCUCUUGGCAAUAGCGGCAUCCAACUUUUUGCUUAUGGCCUGAUGUUGGGGAUGGGAAGUGCAGUGGAAACUCUCUGUGGCCAAGCUUAUGGGGCUCAUAAGUAUGAAAUGCUAGGCACAUACCUUCAAAGAGCAACGGUUGUGUUAACUCUAACUGGGAUACCAAUGACUGUGAUCUACCUUUUAUCAAAGCCAAUCUUGCUCUUACUGGGAGAGCCAACCAAGGUGGCAUCAGCAGCUGCAGUGUUUGUUUAUGGUCUAAUACCUCAAAUUUUUGCUUAUGCAGUGAAUUUUCCAAUACAAAAAUUCCUCCAAGCACAAAGCAUAGUGAACCCAAGUGCCAUUAUAUCAGCAAUUACACUUGUGCUGCACUUAUUGCUCAGCUGGCUCGCAAUUUACCAGCUGGGGAUGGGAUUGAUAGGAGCUUCGCUGGUGUUAAGCUUGUCAUGGUGGAUCAUUGUUGGGGCACAGUUUAUUUAUAUAGUGAAGACUAGUCGGUGUAAGCAGACGUGGAAUGGUUUUACCUUGCAGGCCUUUUCUGGGCUUUGGGAGUUUGUGAAGUUGUCAAUAGCUUCAGCAGUAAUGCUGUGCUUGGAGACUUGGUACUUUCAGAUAUUGGUGUUGAUUGCUGGGCUUCUCAAGGAUCCUGAGAUUGCCUUGGAUUCACUUGCUGUAUGUAUGGCUGUAAGUGGGUUGCUGUUCAUGGUUUCAGUGGGAUUCAAUGCAGCUGCAAGCGUCAGAGUCAGCAAUGAAUUAGGAGCAGGGAAUCCCAAGUCAGCAGAAUUCUCAGUUUUGAUGGUGAAUUUGGUUUCUUUACUAAUCGCACUUGUAGAAGCUAUCAUUGUGCUUGCUCUUCGCAAUGUAAUUAGCUAUGCUUUCACUAGUGGAGAAACUGUAGCCAUCGCUGUCUCAGAACUUUGUCCAUUUUUGGCCGUCACCCUUGUACUUAAUGGGAUUCAACCAGUGCUGUCCGGGGUUGCUGUUGGAUGUGGAUGGCAAGCAUUUGUGGCAUAUGUAAAUGUGGGAUGCUAUUAUGUGGUUGGAGUUCCAUUGGGUUGUCUUCUUGGCUUUAAGUUUGAUCUUGGUGCAAAGGGAAUAUGGGCUGGAAUGAUAGGAGGAACUAUGAUGCAAACCUUCAUUUUAUCAUGGGUAACCUUUCGCACUGAUUGGAAUAAAGAGGUAGAGAAGGCUAGAAUGCGUUUGGAUAAAUGGGAAGACAAGAAGGAACCACUCCUUAAGAACUGAAAAUAAUGCUCAAGUGUAUUUAUCACAUAUGCAUGCAAUGGAAACGGAGCAAAUAAAUCUGCUGAAGAAAAAUUAACCACUUGAGCAUGGGGUCAGGAAAUUAAGCCAUGAAACCAAUUGGUGUUGCACUCAAAAUUAAAUAUAUAAUACUAUUUUUUUUUCUUUUUUUACUUUAUUUGACUCUGAUUGAAACUUAAAUGUAAAAUUUUAUAAUUUUUUUAAUAUCACAGUGUGUCGAAUAUAAUUAAUGAUUAACUAGUCUCUUAAUUGCUAGAA